UCGGAGACCCCGCCUCUGCCACUCAGAUCCCACCCGCAAGACCCCGAACUCCAAUGAUCCUGCAGCAGCCCUUGGAGCGAGGUCCCCAGGGUCUGGCCCAGCGCCACCCUCAGGCCGCCCUGGGGUCAUCGCGGGGCCUGGACGCCAGGUGGAGCCGUCACCUCUGGUUUCCAUCGGUCGGCCUCACCUCGCAAUAUCCCAGCCUGCCUUUCUCCCCAUGUCUCCCCAGGGAUCCCCUGUGCAAGCAUUUUCUGUCUGAGGAGAACAUGGCCACCCACUUCUCUCAACUCAGCCUGCACAAUGACCACCCCUACUGCAGCCCCCCCAGGGCUUUUCCCCCAGCCUUGCCCCCGCUCAGGGGCUCUUGCUCUGAGCUGCUUCUCUGGCGCUACCCUGGGAACCUCAUCCCCGAGGCCCUCCGGCUGCUCAGGCUGGGGGACACCCCGACUCCCCUCUACCUUGCAACCCCAGCUGGGGACAUAGUGGAGCUCUGAGUGCUGACGGGCCGUGCUCCUCCUACCCUCCUUUCCACCCAACAGAAGAGACCAGCAACCCCCACAAAGGGACAAGGUGCCUUUCCUUCUUCAGACCGUACUUCUUCACCCAACAGAGGACACUGAGCCCAGUGGAGCCCUGGGAUGGGAGGGGCAGGAGCAUGGGGGGAAAGAUCCCCCCUCCCCCAGAAGAACUGAAUAAAGAUUGCUGAGCAACAGAA